UGACAUAUCUGGUGUACUCUUUCGCACACGUACUCUGAGUGCGACGGUGACAAGACGCUCAAAAGGCCGCCUAGCGGUCGUUAAAACUCACACUGGCAUCGCAUACGUGAAAAUACCGCAGAGCAGCACGCACAACAAAAAACACGUUUGUGUGCACUCUGUAGAAAAAAAAUUUUCGUUACAACUUUUUUGACAUACUAAUAAUAUAGAAAUUGUUUAACUGAACGGUGCUCAAUCCGUCGAAAUUCCGUAUACAAAUUUAACUAGUCAAUUUUUUAUUGUUGAUAAUGGAUGAUCGAAGUGAAAUACCUCAAGAUGGUCCCGCUGGCAUGGACCCCGAGGGCGUCAUCGAGUCGACCUGGCAUGAAGUCUACGACAAUUUCGAUGAUAUGAGCUUGCGCGAGGAACUGCUGCGCGGCAUCUAUGGCUACGGUUUUGAGAAGCCAUCGGCAAUCCAACAGCGCGCCAUCAUUCCUUGCGUUAAGGGUCGCGAUGUCAUUGCCCAGGCGCAAUCUGGUACUGGCAAAACUGCCACCUUUUCGAUUGCCAUCCUUCAGCAAAUCGAUACGGCCGUUCGUGAAUGCCAGGCUCUGAUCUUGGCCCCCACUCGCGAGUUGGCUACCCAAAUUCAGCGUGUGGUUAUGGCUCUUGGCGAGUACAUGAAGGUGCAUUCGCAUGCCUGCAUUGGCGGCACCAAUGUGCGCGAAGAUGCUCGCAUUUUGGAGUCCGGAUGCCAUGUGGUGGUUGGUACACCUGGUCGUGUCUAUGACAUGAUCAAUCGCAAGGUGCUGCGCACUCAGUCCAUCAAGCUGUUCGUGCUGGACGAGGCCGAUGAGAUGUUGUCGCGCGGAUUCAAAGAUCAAAUCCAGGAUGUGUUCAAGAUGUUGCCCCCAGAUGUGCAGGUCAUCUUGCUAUCCGCUACCAUGCCCCCCGAUGUACUCGAAGUGAGCCGUUGCUUCAUGCGUGAGCCAGUCAGCAUUCUCGUCAAGAAGGAGGAGUUGACCCUCGAGGGUAUCAAGCAGUUCUACGUGAACGUCAAGCAGGAGAACUGGAAGCUGGGCACACUGUGCGAUCUGUACGAUACGCUGUCCAUUACCCAGUCGGUUAUCUUCUGUAAUACCCGUCGCAAGGUCGAUCAGCUGACCCAGGAGAUGUCUAGCCACAACUUCACCGUGUCGGCUAUGCACGGCGACAUGGAGCAGCGUGAUCGUGAGGUUAUCAUGAAACAAUUCCGUUCGGGCUCAUCCCGUGUUCUGAUUACAACUGAUUUAUUGGCGCGUGGUAUUGAUGUGCAGCAGGUCUCGUUGGUCAUCAACUACGAUUUGCCCUCGAACCGCGAGAACUACAUUCAUAGAAUCGGUCGCGGUGGUCGUUUCGGUCGCAAGGGUGUUGCGAUCAACUUCAUCACAGAUGAUGAUCGACGAAUCCUUAAGGAUAUUGAACAAUUCUAUCACACUACUAUCGAGGAAAUGCCUGCUAAUAUUGCCGAUUUAAUUUAAAUAUUUUGUUGAGCAGAAAAAAAAUAUAAUACAAGAAAAUAAACAAGAAAAAGUGAGUGAGCUAUACAGCAAAGAAUUGCGCAAAAAAAGCGCAAAAUAUAUAUAAUUUAAAGCAAAAAUAAGAAAACAAGUAACAAAAGCAAACAAAAAAAAACUAAAAUCACGUUAAAUAUUUAUUCAAACAACAAAUACUAAUCAGCAGGAGCAACAAUAACAACCACAACAGCAUCAGCAACAUCAAGCCGUAUAAAGAAGAACAACAACAACUUACGAACAGCAACAACAAUCGCUGGCUGACGCUUUGCCCUAUUCCUAAACAACAACAACAACAGAACAAGAAGCAGAAGAACAUCAUCAGCUGUAACAUCAAUUUAAAACAACUACUACUGCGUCGUCAACAAGCAACAAACCCGAAGUCUAAACAUUAGAAACCCUAAAGCGGGGAACAACAUCUUUCGAUUUUUGUGUGUGAAUCAGACCACUACAACAACAACAACAACAAAAACAACCACAUUGUUUUAGCAUUUUCUAGAACUAUUGAUAAAAAUAUAUUAAAAACAAUACAAAAAUUA